AUGGAUUUUAAAAAUAUAUUUUGUCGUUUAUGUGCUGAAUUACAACCCGAUUAUAAUUUAUUAGAAAUUACGGACGAUAAAGCAGUUAAUAUGAAUUUAGCAAAUAAAAUAAUGCAAUGUUACAAUGUAAAAAUUACCGCUGAUGAUAUCUUACCGAGACAUGUAUGUUCGAAUUGUUGUGACAAAGUAAUCAAUGCAUUCGAGUUUCAUGAGUUAGUUCAUAAAUCACAAGAAUUUCUAAUGAAGCAAAUGAUAAAAGCGAAUGUGAAACAAGAAAAUAUUGAGCCUAAUGUGGGCACAAUUGAUGAUUUGGGUUUACAAGAUGACGAUUACGGUGAUGAUUUUCCAGCGGAUACAAAAAUGGAAAAUGAGUCCGAUGAUAGUAAUUCAGAAGAUGAAAAGCCUCUUAUUAAAAGAAAAUCUACGUUAAGGGAAUCACAAAAUAGUUUAUCUUCAAAACGGGACUUUGUUUCGGAUGGUGAUGUUGAAUGUGUUGUCAAAGAAAUAAAAAAAGGAAAAAGUAAAGAAAAAUGGAAAUGUGUUGAAUGUGACAUAUUUUUAUCAAGCCAUAAAAAAUAUCGUAAUCAUUAUUUAAAUGUACAUAAUAAAGAAGCUGAGUAUCCAUGUACAGACUGUCCAAAGAAAUAUGAUAAAUACGAAAGUUUUUUGUCGCAUAAACGAGUUCACAAUGGACGAUUCAUUUGUAAAAUAUGUAGUAAAUUUUGUCGUGAUGGUUCAUCAUUAAAACGACAUAUGCAAACUCAUUCGGCUUUAACACCAUACCCAUGUAUGGAAUGUAAUAAAUCUUUUAAAACAGACGAAUGUUUACAACGUCAUCAAAACGUACAUUUACCUGAAGGAGUUAAAAAGAAAACCACAAAAAUGUACGCAUGUGAAUUAUGCCCAAAAACAUUUACAAAUCAAGCAAACUUAAACUUUCAUAAAGAGAAUCAUAAUCCUGGAGAACCAGUCAAAAACUUUGUUUGUGAAUUGUGUGGAAGUAAUUUUAGUCGUAAAGAUAAUUUAAAACAACAUAUGUCAACACAUUUAAAUAUUUUUCCAUUCCGAUGCGAUAAAUGUCCAAAAGCUUUUAAAAAUGUAUAUAAUUUGAAUCGACAUCAGAAAUGUCAUAUGGAAGGACAACCAUUUAAGUGUGAUGUAUGUUUACGACCAUUCCGACAUAAACGUGCAUUAAAACGUCAUACACAAAUUCACACCAAUCAACUGCCUUACGAGUGCGAAUAUUGCCAUAAAUGUUUUAGAGAAAAAUCAUAUUUGAAGAUUCAUUUACGACAGCAUACGGGAGAACGACCAUAUUCAUGUCUGGAAUGUAAUCAUAGUUUUACAAAUGAUUCAAAUUUUAUAAAACAUUUAAAAGGACGUCAUGGUUUACAAAAUGUAUCAGUAGCAAAUCAACGACAGUAUCCAUUUAUUAAAAAGACUGAAGAUCCGAUGUAAUUUAGAUUAAAUAUAUUGUUUUAAAGUAUGUCACAUACAAAUUAUAGUAAGAAUUCACUUUAAAAUAUUCAAAAAAAAAAAUUUGUACAUAAUUCAAUAUUUGAAUAAUCUAAGGUCCAAUUCGGAAUUAGCAUCCGAAUUAGAAAUUCCGCACCAAUGAUGAUAUAAUCUGCCAGCAUGUUUUAACAUAUUUCUCAAAACGGUAAGACUUGUAAAUUUUACAAGCCAGAAUCCCUAUUUGUCGAGAUUUGUCUCUCUUUGGAUGGAUUCAAAGUUUCGAGUCUAAACAUUUUAUACCUGGUUCCAUUUUAUUCCAGGCAUCCACAGGUAUAAAUAAUCGUUAACCCAAACAUAUCCUACAAAAGGGAUUAUUUGAGAUUAUGGAGAAGAUAAAAGACACUGUUGGUGGAGAACCUUACCAUUCAAGAAUUUUUGGAAGACUAGUAAAUUAAAAGAAUGGGUGAAACACGAGUUCAUCCGCUCUUGGAUAAAUACUAACAACCAAGCUUAUGUAAAGGCUCUUAUAAACUUCCCUAAUUAAUUUAGAAACGAAAAAUUGGGUAGAUGGAAGAAAAGCUAUUAUUCAUGAAAGUCACAUAUUUUUAAACUUAAAUUCGUCAUUGUGCCGACCAAACAGAUCACAGCCGUUGUGGUCGGGUAAAUUUUACCCAUGUACAUUAUUAUACACAGAAUGAAUCUUAUAUCAAUAUUAGUUUUCUAUAUUUGGAAAAUAGGUUAAUAAAGUAAUACACAUUAUUUAUGAUAAUUAAACAUUUAUUUAUUAAAAAUGAGCAUGUUAUCAUCAAAAAUUGAAAAAAUAAAACUGUAUAUAUAAAUAUUACGAAGCCAUUGUCCCUGCGGACACGACGAAGAGUAAGAGGUGUAAAAUCCACCGUAGCCGCUGCAACACUAAAUAGAAUAAUACGUUCGUAAAACUGUGAAAAAUGAUAUGCAAUUCAUCAAUAAACAAUCAAAAACAAUAAACACGUUGUAUAUACAGGGUGUUCUGUUAUUGAUAGCAGAAAAUUAUACCAGUAAAUUAAG